AUGGAACCACGAUGGAAAAGGCUGCUUUGGCUAAAACAGGAGUUUCCGGAUAACCACACGGAUCCGGAGUUUCUGAGGGAAGUUUCACAGCUCCAAAAGGUGGAACAGAUCGCCCGUAAGCCUAGUUCAUCGUAUCAACAAGUGGUGAUCGAUUUCCUGCUGUUAUACCAUCGGGUGCUGAAUACGGGUCUUAUGUAUGUUACGUUCACGUUGUUGUACUACUAUCGAUGCGAUCCCAUGUAUUUCACGGGCUCACUGACGUGUUUGUCGUUUUUAGCUGCCACGCUAUUCCAUUACGCUCGAAUGUCAUUGAAAUCACCGCUCAUCAUCAUCUUCAGCAUGCUGGUACUAUCGCCUGUUUUGAAAUCUCUAUCUAGAACAACGUCGUCGGACUCUAUCUGGACCAUUUCCGGCUGGCUGACGCUUUUCUACGUGACGUCAGUUUCGGUUCGAUCGCAGUCUAUUGUCUCUACAAACCUUUUAGUCGCCAACGUGGCUGUUCUUGGAUCGCGUUUGAACUCGACCACGGACGUGUUCUGUUUUCUGCUGAUUUGCAUUGAGCUCAACGUUCUGUUGCCUUACUUCGAGCGCUCAUUGUUGGAAAGAAAACUGUUCAUAAUCUAUGGAGCUACUUUCGUUGCGAAUAGCGUGGUGGUUUAUUACUUUGUUGCGCUCUGUUUGGGCUGGAUUUACACAACGGUCUUCGCUUUUAGCUCUUUAACCUUUGUGUUUGGUCUUCCACGCUAUUUCUUGUAUUGGCAAGACCAUUACUGCAAGAAUGAGCCGCUGCUGUCAAGAUGGGAUGCGAAACGACCCAUUCUGGACUAA